CGCAUCUCUAUGUAAACACUCCCUGUGUCGUAAGUGCAGCCGGACAUGUGAGGACGAGAUCGUCUGCUGGAAAUCGCGAAGCUGCAGUUAUAGGCCCGAGUGGAUCAGAAUUGACUGAAUAUAUUGCGUUGGUGAGGUAUACCGUGGAAUAAAAUGGCUCAGCAGUUAACCAGUCUCUUCACCCGACUCGGCCAAGUAGGCUUCGGUGUCGCUGUCGUUGGUGGCGUCGUCCAAUCGGCGUUGUAUAAUGUGGACGCAGGGCACCGUGCUGUGAUCUUUGACAGGUUUACUGGUGUCAAGAAUGUUGUAGUUGGGGAAGGCACGCAUUUCUUUAUUCCCUGGGUACAAAGACCAAUUUUAUUUGAUGCAAAGACUAGACCGAGGAAUAUUCCAGUGAUGACUGGAAGUAAAGAUCUCCAGACUGUAAACAUUACAUUGCGUAUUUUAUUCCGGCCGAAAAGUGAAGAACUACCCAAAAUCUACACAACUCUAGGUAUUGACUAUGAAGAUCGUGUAUUGCCAUCUAUCACCACAGAAGUUCUAAAGGCAGUUGUUGCUCGAUAUGAUGCAGGGGAGUUGAUCACUCAGAGAGAAAAGGUUUCCCGCAGUGUUAAUGACCAAUUAGCUGAAAGAGCAGCUCAGUUUGGGUUGAUUCUUGAUGACAUAUCCAUUACUCACUUAACAUUUGGCAAGGAGUUCACCCAGGCUGUAGAGUUGAAACAAGUAGCACAACAAGAAGCAGAGAGGGCUAAGUUUUUGGUUGAUAAGGCAAAACAAGAGAAACUGGCAGCUAUUAUUAGUGCAGAUGGUGAUGCCACAGCUGCCUCACUCUUAGCUAAAGCCUUUCAAGAAGCAGGCGAAGGCCUUGUCGAGUUGAGGAGAAUAGAGGCUUCCGAAGAUAUUGCUUAUAGGUUAUCCAAGAAUCGUGGAGUGAUGUAUCUACCAAACAAUCAAAGUACUCUAUUAAGCAUCCCACCACAAUAAUGGAAGAAUAGAUUGCAGAUUUUGUUAUGCACAAGAUGAAGUGUGCUGAACUGUAGACUGACAAGUAGCCAGACCACUGUGCUCUUGUACGAGAUAUGUUGUAUUUCAUGCACGGUCUGAGGAUAAGUUGCAGUUAACACAGUCCAUUGUAUUGUUUGUCAUAAGUAA